CACGCUUCUAGUCUCCCGCCUCGUCGUCUCCAAUGGCGGCGGCCGCGGCGGAGACCGCGUUGCGCCGCCUGGGUGCGGCCGUGCGUGGGCUCUCCGGCGCAUGGUACGGGCGCCACAUGGCCGCGGCCGAGCGCGCCAUCCGCACCCGCCUCCCCCUAGUCGACCUCGUCCUCGAGGUCCGCGACGCUCGCGUACCCGCCUCCUCGGCGUUCGAGUCUCUCCGCCGCCGCGGGCCCCUGGAGCCCGAUGGACGCCGGUUCGUCGUGCUCAACAAGGCCGACCUGGCUGACCCGUCCGAGACUGAGAAGUGGACGGCGUACAUGAAGAAGCAGAGAACGUGCCCGUGCAUCGCGGUCAAUUCACACAACAGGGAAAGCAUCAAGGAGCUGUUGAAUGUUGUGCGGUCGAGGAUCAGGGAGAUCAAGCAUGGAGAGAGAGAUUGCACUGGAACUGUCCUCCUGGUUGGAAUUCCUAAUGUUGGGAAGUCAGCCAUCGUUAACGCAAUGCAUCAAAUUGGGAGGAUUGGAGCAGCAGAUAAGGGAAAGCUCAAGCAUGCGAUUGUGAGCAGCCAUCCUGGAGAAACUAGAGACAUAAGUGGAUACAAGGUUGCUAGUCAUCCAAAUAUAUAUGUGUUAGACACUCCUGGUGUUCUAUCGCCGAGAUUUGCAAAUGAUGAUUCUGGUCCCAGACUAGCUUUGACAGGAGCAAUCAAGGGAUCCUUGUUAGAUGAGUAUGAUAUUGCACAGUUUCUUCUUGCAGUCGUGAACUCGAGAGAGGGAUAUAGGAGUUGGGAGAACCUAAAUCAAGCAGGGGAUACCUCUUCUAGUGGUAAUGCAAAUACCUCCAGGAGCCACAGCAAGAAAAGGCAAUAUGUUUCAGAUCAUAGUCAGGAUUUCAUCGUGAAGGCGGUGCACCAAGUGCUUUUUGAGACUAUAUCAUCCUUUAAGGGCGAUCUUGGAAAGGAAGAUGAACUCAGAAGAUUAGUAGACCGCCAAUUUAUAUCCUUACAGGAGGCUUUCAAAGUUUCCACUGAAUCAAGUGAGGAUGUGGGCAAAUCUAUAGCUCUGAAACUGCUCAAUCUCUAUUCGACUGGAAGGCUUGGCCAUUAUACCUUAGACCAUGUGCCAGAUGUUAGGCAGGAAGUUGCUGCAUAAUUAUGUAUUGUUCGCGCCAAAAUGCAUGUCACAGAAUGGUGUGUCUUGGCUCCCAGCGUCCAUACUUCCAUAGUUUGCCUGGUAAUACCUGAAAUCCUCUUAUACCCAGGCACCCAGCAGAGCUAGAGACCGUUGUGACCAGGUCCAGUUAGCCACGACGGAUGUGGACUAUGGAUGCCAGGGAACACGAGCUUCAGGGGCAAUAGAUAAGUAUGUUGUGACAUUUUCAAUGGUUUUCUAUUUGCCUAUGCAUGUUCAGUAGGAUGUAAGAACACCUGCUUUUGUGUCCAAGAUUUUUUAUGCUGUAAGUGGCACGACGGCACAUGGAAUUCUUGUGUUUAUUGUUGUUAUAUAGUAAACUUGGCUAAUCAAUUUUUUUCCGAAA